CCGCCCCGGGCCGCUGCGCACGCGCAGCCCAGGCUUCAGACCCCCGGCGCGGCCCGCACCGCUGGGCCCUCAGGACCAAUGGCCCAAGUAGCAAUGUCCACCCUGCCCAUUGGAGAUGGGUCCUCAGAGAGCAGAAUGGUGGUGACGCUCCUCAUGUCUGCCCUGGAGUCCAUGUGUAAAGAGCUGGCCAAGUCCAAGGCUGAGGUGGCCUGCAUCGCCGUGUAUGAGGCGGACGUGUACGUGGUGGGGACUGAGCGAGGCUGCGCCUUUGUCAACGCCAGACAGGAUUUUCAGAAAGACUUCGCACGACACUGCCAGGGGGAAGGGCUCGCUGAAGAGAAACCCCCGUGUCUGGAAAAUGGGACACAGGUCUGCCCAGGAGAAGCCCAGCUGCUCAGGAAAGCAGUGGAGGACCAUUUCUGCUUCUGUUACCGUAAAGCCCUGGGGACAACAGCCAUGGUCACUGUUCCCUAUGAGCAGAUGCUUCAAGAUGAGGCAGCUGUGGUGGUUCAGGGCCUCCCAGAAGGCCUGGCCUUCCAGCACCCGGACAAGUACAGUCCUGCAACCCUGAAGUGGAUUCUGGAGAACAAAGCGGGGAUCUCAUUCGUCGUAAACAGACCUUUCCUAGGUGCAGACAGCCAGCUGGCUGGCCUUGGGAUGGUGACAGGUGCUGAGAGGCCAGCGCCAGCACCAAAUGCCAGCUGUGGCCCCAUCAGUGUGAAAACCGAGCCCAUGGAGGAUUCUGGCACUUCACCAAAGGCAGUAGCCGUGCUAGUCAAGACAGAGUCAGAGGAUCCCAAUUACUAUCAGUGUAACCUGCAAGGAAGCCAGCAUUCUUCCACCAGCAGCGAUGUCAUGGAAAUGGAAUUACCAUCUGAAGAGUCUACUCCACUGGUCUCUUCAGAGACAAAUGAGGAUGUUGAGGCUGAUGUGAAAAUGGAAGGAAAUGCAAGUUCAUCCAACAUUAUAAGUUCUGCAGCUGGUGUUGAAGAUCUUAGGAUUGUACAGGUGACAGUUCCAGAGAAUGAGGAGAGACUGUCAGGCAUUGAGAAAAUCAAACAGCUUCGAGAACAAGUGAAUGACCUCUUCAGUCGAAAAUUUGGGGAGGCGAUCGGGGUGGACUUCCCCGUGAAGGUACCCUACAGGAAAAUCACCUUCAACCCCGGCUGCGUGGUGAUUGAUGGCAUGCCCCCGGGGGUGGUGUUCAAAGCCCCCGGGUACCUGGAGAUCAGCUCCAUGAGGAGGAUCCUGGAUGCUGCAGACUUCAUCAAGUUCACCAUCAUUAGACCACUUCCUGGACUUGAACUUAGCAACGUGGGAAAACGGAAGAUAGACCAGGAGGGCCGCGUGUUUCAGGAAAAGUGGGAGCGCGCCUAUUUCUUCGUGGAGGUGCAGAACGUCCCCACGUGUUUGGUCUGCAAGCAGAGCGUGUCGGUGUCCAAGGAGUACAACCUGCGCCGGCACUACCAGACCAACCACAGCCGGCACUAUGACCAGUACGAGGGGCAGGCCCGGGACGAGAAGCUCCGAGAGCUCAAAGGGGCGCUGCGGAAGUACCUCCUGGGGGCGUCGGAGGCCGUGUGCCCCGAGCAAGCGUUCGCCAACGCAGGUCCACCCGCCAGCACCGCGGCGCGGCCGGUGGAAGAGGUGGCCGGGAGCCUGUGGGAGAAGUUACGGCAGAAAAUCCGGUCAUUUGUGGCCUACUCCCUCGCCAUCGAUGAGAUCACGGAUAUCCACGACACCCCGCAGCUGGCCAUCUUCAUCCGCGGCGUGGACGACAGCUUCGACGUGGCCGAGGAGCUUCUGGACACUGUGCCCACGACAGGCGCCAAAUCCGGGAACGAGUUAUUCCUGCGCGUAGAGAAGAGUCUCGGCAAGUUCAGUAUCGACUGGUCCAAGCUGGUGAGCGUGGCCUCCACGGGCACACCGGCCAUGGUGGACGCCAGCAGCGGGCUGGUGACGAAGCUCCGGGCCCGGGCCUCGUGCUGCAAGGGAGCCGACCUCAAGUCCCUGCGCUGCAUUAUCCACCCCGAAUGGCUGUGCGCCCACAAGUUAAGGAUGGGCCACGUCAUGGACGUGGUGGUGGACUCCGUGAACUGGAUCUGCUCGCGUGGCCUGAACCACGGCGACUUCACGACCCUGCUGUACGAGCUGGACAGCCAGUACGGCAGCCUGCUGUACCACACCGCGCUUAAGUGGCUGGGCCGGGGCUUGGUCCUCAGGAGGUUCUUCGAAUCCCUGGAGGAAAUAGACUCGUUCAUGUCUUCCCGGGGCAAACCUGUGCCCCAGCUCAGCUCCAGGGACUGGAUCCUGGACUUGGCCUUCCUAGUGGACAUGACGACUCACCUCAACGCGCUGGAUGCCUCCCUCCAAGGCCAUUCGCAGAUAGUGACCCAGAUGUAUGACUUCAUCCGGGCCUUCCUAGCGAAACUGUGCCUCUGGGAGACGCACCUGGCCAGAAACAACCUAGCCCACUUCCCCACGCUGAAAUCCGUCUCCCGCAGCGAGAGCGACGGCCUCAACUACAUCCCCAAGAUCGCGGAACUCAAGGCCGAGUUCCAGAAGCGCCUGGCAGAUUUCAAGGCGUGUGAGGGCGAGCUCACCCUGUUCAGCUCCCCGUUUUCCACCAAGAUUGACAGCGUGCGCGAGGAGCUCCAGAUGGAGGUGAUCGACCUGCAGUGCAACACGGCGCUGAGGGCCAAGUACGACGAGGUGGGCGUCCCCGGCUUCUACAGGCACCUCUGGAGCAGCUACCCCAAGUACAGGGGCCACUGUGCCCGGAUGCUGUCCAUGUUCAGCAGCACCCACGUCUGUGAGCAGCUCUUCUCCAUCAUGAAGCUGAGCAAGAAGGAGGCGCAGUGGGGUCCGUCACUCCCCAUAGCCACGUGAGGGGGCAGGGGGCGGGGCCCGUUAUCGCUGGGCCGGGGAGCCCAGGCGGGACGAUCAGAGUUUUGAGUUCAAGGUCAGCCUGAGCUAAGUAUCAAGACCCCACUUAAAUAAAGCGAAACUGCUGGAAGAGAAACAGAAGGGAAAUCUGGCCACCCCCGUCUACCUCCAUUGUGUGGAGACUUAGAAUGUUCCGGACCUUAUAGGCUGUGCGAUGGAGCCAACUGUUAAACCCCUGUUUAAUAAAAUAAAAGUUCCCCUUUCCCCCA